AUGCUGGGCCAGAAGACGAACCUCAGCAAGCGCAUCCGUGAGAUGCGUGCCAGCAUAGCCUUGCAAGGGCAAGCAAGGAACUUGUACAGCAAGCCACAGGAAGAGAAGUUCACGCAGAACGUGGAGCGGCUGCCCCAGCUGCGAGAGGCGGUGCAGGAGGAUAUCUAUGUCCUGGGCCUUGCCCGCAAGCAUGAGCUCACCAUCGCUGAGGCUUGCGGAGCGGAGCAGCCCUUGGGCAUUGCUUUGGCCAGUAAGCCGUUGGAGGUGGCCCGGGAGAAGCUCCGGGCUGAAGUCUGUCGCCAGGUGAACACAUGCAACAUGCUGCUGUACCAGGUGGAGCAGCGGAGCCGGGCCAAGGAGCGGCUGCAGAGGCGGCUGCAGCAGCUGCAGGAUGUCCAGAGGGCCGAAAAGCAGCAGCAGGCACAGGUGGUUCGUACCCUGGAGGGCAACAUAGAGAAGAUGCAAACAAAAGUCCGCGCUGGGCAGAAGGUGACUGCCCUGUACGUGGCGGUGCGGGAUGCCCUGAGGAAGGAGCUGGCCCACCUGCCUCUGCACCUGGACCUCCUGAGUGAGACGGCCGAGCUGCAGCAUAGGGAGGUGGAGGACAUGGAGCUCAUGGCCUCGCGUGGGCUCAGAGCUGCUCGUGGAGCCGAGGAGCGCAUGGUCAGGACGAAAACCCAGGUCCUUGCAGAGAGGGAGCUCAGGCUCCGCACCCAGGCUGCUCAGAAAGAGCCCAGAGACGGAGGCUGGCUCAAGGAAGCAAAAGAAAGGGCUCUGAAAACGCAAGCCAAGCAUGACCUCAGCAGGGACUUCCUGAGCCUGCCCGCAGAGGACCCAGUGGUGGCUGCCAAACUGGAGGCCACCAAGUACCAGCUGCAGCGGGAGGCCUACGUGAGGGAGAAGAUAGAGGAGGCCAAGGAUGUGGUGCAGUGCUCCCGCCUCUGGGACAUCCCCAUCAGGCUCCAGGCACAGCAGAAGUCCCUGCUGGAAAUGGAGCAGUACCUCACAAGGGGGCUGGUGGAGGAGCUGAGGACGAGGCUGCAGCGGGAAGAGGCUCGGCUGGAACAGGGGCGAGCCCAGCUGCUGAGGAGCCAGGAGACGCUGCUGGACUUUGAAAACGCACUUGACAACCUCUUCGUCCGGCUGCGGGGCAUCACCGUGCCUGGCCAGGAGCAUCCUGUCAAGGCCCUGGCAGUGGACGAGAAGCUCCGGCAGUGUGAGCAGAAGCUGCAGUACCUGGUGCAGCGGGUGGCUGACCUGCCCCCCUCCAGCCACAGCGAGGAUGAUGAGACUUUUGUGAAGGUCAGGCAGCUGCUGGAGGAAACCCUCAUGGCCGAUCCACGGAACCGGAAAGUUUCCUUGGAGGACACGGGCGUGGGGCUCCAAGACGAUUUUGAUAUCCCUGACAACCACAGUGGCCUUGUCCUCACCAGAGAAGCCAUCAAGAAGCAAGGGCUGGACUUGAUCGAAAGCAAGAAGAAAAGCAAGAGGAAGUAG